CAGACAACAUGGCGGCGGCGCCGGUUGCAUUGGGGUCCUUGCAGGCCGGCCGCGCCCGCUGGGUGGCCGCUUGCUGUGCACGGCUUGGCCCCGGGUGGAGGAUGUCCGGCUCCUUGACAAGCCCGCGGGUCGGUCCGGAGAUCUGGGCCCGGGUCUGGGCGCCCGCUGCCGGGAUGGCGGCCCCGCGGAGGGGCUACAGCUCUGAUGCGAAGACGGAGGACGAGCUGCGGGUGAGAUACCUGGAGGAGGAGAACCGAGGAAUUGUGGUGCUUGGAAUAAACAGAGCUUAUGCCAAAAAUUCUAUCAGUAAAAAUCUCAUAAAAAUGCUAUCAAAAUCUGUGGAUGCUUUAAAAUCUGAUAAGAAAGUGCGGACCAUAAUAGUCAGGAGUGAAGUCCCAGGGAUAUUCUGUGCAGGUGCUGACCUUAAGGAAAGAGUGAAAAUGAGUUCCAGUGAAGUUGGUCCUUUUGUCUCCAAAAUAAGAGCAGUGAUUAAUGAAAUUGCUAAUCUUCCAGUGCCAACGAUUGCAGCAAUAGAUGGACUGGCUUUAGGUGGUGGUCUUGAACUGGCCUUAGCAUGUGAUAUAAGAGUAGCAGCUUCCUCUGCAAAAAUGGGCCUUGUCGAAACAAAGUUGGCCAUUAUUCCUGGUGGAGGGGGAACGCAGCGGCUGCCACGUGCUAUUGGGAUGUCCCUAGCCAAAGAGCUCAUCUUCUCUGCACGUGUGCUCGAUGGCCAAGAAGCCAAGGCAGUGGGCUUGAUCAGCCACGUUCUAGAACAGAACCAGAAUGGGGAUGCUGCCUACAGAAAGGCUUUGGACCUUGCCAGAGAGUUUUUACCUCAGGGACCUGUUGCAAUGAGAGUGGCAAAACUAGCAAUUAAUCAAGGGAUGGAGGUGGACUUAGUAACAGGGUUAGCCAUAGAGGAAGCUUGUUAUGCUCAGACUAUUCCAACGAAAGACAGACUUGAAGGUCUUCUUGCUUUUAAAGAGAAAAGGCCCCCUCGCUAUAAAGGAGAAUAGAAGAAAGAGAAAUUUUUGAAAUGCCAGUAUAAUACAUGUUUUUCUGGAGGUAUCUUUCAGAUCUGCUCUAUGGUUCAACACAUGGAGCCCCAACCACCAAAGUGAAGAGCGAAUUACUGGGGUGGGACAGCAAGCACCCAGAAUGGACCCAUGCCUGUACUCUGUUCCCUUGUCUCGUUAUAGCCAUUCAGAUUUAUAAUGCUCGUAGUGUGUACUGUCAAAAACCAGACCCUCAAGUAGGUGUACAUUUUUAAAUAUUUCCUGCAUAUGAAGCUUUCUGUUCUUAAUUUUUUAAUGUGAAUAAUUUAUAUAUUGCACACUUUAGGAGAUAAUAAUAUUGACUGUAUGUCUACUGUGCUGCAAUACAGAAAUAAAGUUAUUUCUAUAUACCAAAAAUGUGAAAUUAAACCAAAUAAAGUUUCUCUAAGGGAUUAUAUGCACAUGCACAGGGACACAUGCAUACAUCUCAAGUGGAAAAGGGAAUUGAUAUAUGAGUGAAAAUUACCAAAUAUUAAUAAAAUUAGUGAAAACUUGGAUAUUUUUCUUGUACCCCAUUCUUUGUGAAUUGAAUCAGUCAGUGCCUGUUGAAUUUCAGGACCCACCUUUCCAUGCCAUUUAUCUCUGUCAGAUAAAACUUCUUCCUAGUCAAUCCCGGAAUACCAUGUGGAUGGUGGCGAAUUAAUCCAGUCAUAGCUGGGGUCUGAGGUCCUGUGAGGCCACCGGAGGCCUUGACUGGUAUCCUUUGGAGACCUGGCAAGUGGCAUGGCCCCUCACCCACCCCAGAAAGAAAAUGUCACAGCCUAGGUUGGAUGUGGAAAUGACUUGGGGUUGUGGCCUGCACUCUGCUUUCUUUUCCUCCCGCUGUUUGCUCCUGACUUCAUUAAGGAAAGGCAGAUACAGCGUGCCUUGCUGCAGCAGCCAGGCACACCUGAGUUUAGCUAGCCCUGUGGGGAGGGGCGACAAGGUGUGUAUGAAUGAGAAUGUGGCUUUCAGUGGGUUUGGGCUGGUUUUAUUUCUGUUCACUAUCAAACCACGCUGCUUUCUGAGGUGUGUCUGAGGGUGGAACUUGGUGCGCUAGAAAAGCUGCUCUUUUCUAGGACCUGCACCGCAGUAUUUGUCAGUCCCAGUAGUGCUAUACUGGACCAUGAGCCUUGCUGCUGUCACAGUGAAGUCAAAUUUGGCAUAUGCAUGUGUGAUUGCCUGUUCUGUGCGUUCCCAUGUCAGCACUAUGCCUUCAUUGCUCUUAGAAAGCCUUUAGACUGAAUUUUUAAGAAUCACGGAAACUUUUUUUUUUUUUUUUAAUUUAGGAAAUUGAACUCUCAAUCUCAAUUCUGAAAAUCUUGAGAGGCAAGUGUGGACUUGCGGUCAACUGGUGUCAGGUGGACACACCUCCCAAGAGGGGAACACUCUGCUUUGUCACCAGCAGUGCUGAGACUGCAGAUCUGGGCUUAGCUGAUCAGCAUCAGAUAAAAGGGGCUUACUAGAAUUUAUAUUCAGCUCUUGUGCAACCACAACUGGUGGCAUGUACACUUUGUUUACUGAAAACUUGUGCUGUUCAUAUCACACAGGAUGAUUUGCAAUUAAAGAGUUCCUCCUUGUUUUCUUAGUCCUUUAAAGGUUUCAAGGCCAUUUUGUCCUGUCCAAUCCAUGUUCAAAUCCCAUUCCAUUUUAACCGAGUAGGAAAUAGUUAUGUUGAUGGAAAAAAAAUUAAGAAUAUCUGAGUGACUUGUGUCUCCUAAACUUGGAUUCAUAGUCUGUUGCUGAUGAAGAGCCAUUUAGUUUCCUAACAAGCUCUGAUCGUCACUGGAGUGUACCUGCAAGUGAGGACAUCAUAUGACUCAGAUAUUAUAGACUUAAUAAAUUAUAAAUAAAUUAUAGCGAGAUAAAAGGGUGUGCCUGAUUGUCUGUGUAGAGGUCUGCCUUUCCCUGGGCUUUCUCUUCAACAGUGCACAUUUCCAGACUCCGGUGCAGGGACUAGGUUCUUGGGGCAGUGGGGAGUAUCUCCUGUUUUCCAGCCCUUGAGUGUUUGUGCAUACUCAUGUGAAAUGCCUUCAGAAGCUGACCCAAGUUGGAGAGGCAGUAGAUUUGUCAGUAUGUUCAGAUUAAGCCAGAGAAGAAUUGGAGGACGAGUAACCGGGCACGUGACCAUUCAGGGCACACAUUUCACUGCAGGAAAUGCACUACAUCUCGGAACAGGAAACCUACUGGUCUUGGAGUGCUUUAGUGCUCAUUGAUUUCAAACAUCUCUAAAAGAAAACUAUCUCCGAAUGACUUCUGAUUGUGAGACAAGAUUUUAUUAAUGGCCAAAAUAAGAGGCAGGUUUUCUGUGACUCACUUCUGUGAUUUAAAGGAUCAUUUCCACUGUGUGCUGUUGUCAAUAAAAAAUAGACCUGGUUUUCUGUCAAUCUAGUGCUUCUCCACCCCCACCCCUUUCCCUUUUCUAGCUGUCAACAAAUUGGCUGUCACAAAGUGUUACUUUGCUGACAGCACUCAACAGCAUGCUUUGUAUGCUGGGUGGGCAUAAUGGAGUGUAUUGCUUGGGUGCCACACUUAACAGAAAAUACACGUUUGUUGUAUGGCCUUGCAGUGGGCUGGGCAUUGACCCUUUUCCUCACUUGACCUUAACUCUUCUGGUGAUAGGCGCCUGCAUUUGCUCUUAUUGGUGGUCCAGAAUCCUGGCAGGCAAAUGUUUUUUAAUAUUUAAUCAUGCUGUUAUAUUUGUCUAUCCACCUAGUUAAAUAUUAAUUAACGUGUGUCAGCAGUUAUUGGACUAUCAAAACAGUCAGAAAUUAUUCAAGAAUGCACAUGUCACAAAAUAGAAAACACAGCAUUUUAAAGUUACCUAUAUUUGGGCAAAAUCGGAACCACUUUUUUGCAUCUAGCAAAUAGGCUACAGACUGUGAUUGGGGCCAUUGUGGGCAGCAAGGGGAUCCACCCUUUGUUCAAAAUACCUAUGGGUCAGGUCUCCAGCCCUGAAAACAGUUUCAAGUUCCUGUUUUUGGAUUUUCAUAGUUUUCCUUCUUUGGAUCCUCCCAGAAUCCAGCUGCCCCUGGAUCGCCAGCUCCCAAUCUGCAAUCACUUGGUGUGCAGUGUUUUGCUUUUGUGUGUUUUUUUUCUUUUCAGACAAAUUCUCAGGGAGAGAACUAGGCUCCUGACGGGGAAAUGGACAGACCACGUCCCAUACCUCCAGCGAGGUCAGGUUCGUCGUGGAACACGGUGUGGUGUGAGCUUAAUGUGGUCAGGUGGGAGAAGGGCAGGAAGGAAGCUGACAGUUCUGGGGGCAGCAAGGGAGGAACUUUUAACCCCAGUGGGUCACUCCCUUCAUAGAGAAAAUCUAGUAUACGGUAUGCUUUGAUUCCAGGAGACUUGACAAGGUCACUGAAGAUACUGAUAUGUGUAAGCUGAGUGAAUUGGGGCUGGGUUUUAUUACACUGGUGAUGAUGGCAGUCAUGAAGUCCUAAUGCUGCCAGGUGCCCCUGUGCUAUUGUCCUCAAUGUGCACAGCACCCUGGGCAGAGAGGCACUGUCCACUGCUGGCCCGAGCAGGAGACUGCAGUCUGUGGACCAUAGGCUGGUGGUGGGGUUGGGAAUUGAGCCU